AUGCAUCUGGCACUCACUGUUCACGCUCUAUUUUACUACCUGAUCGCAAACUAUGGCAAUCCAUUUGCUCUACUAUCCCCAAUAUGGAGUCUUAUCUGCCUUGUGAUAGUAACAACAACGAUUUACGCAAUCAUUACUGCGGUUCAUGCAAUCUCUUGGAUGUUAUAUGUUGCCUACGGAAGUGCUGUGGCUUGUGACAUAUGUAUCGUUGCCGUAUUAUGCUAUUACCUGCAAAAGAAGAGGUCCUCGUUUACAGAAAUGGAAAACAUUAUUGGGACGCUCUUGCUGUUCUGCAUUGCUACGGGGGCAAUGGCUUGCAUGCUGCACAUAUGCAACCUUCUCAUUUAUGCAAUAAUGAGCGGAAAUUUCGUGUAUAUUGGAAUUUACGAGGUAACGCCCGGAUUUUAUACGAAUGCGCUGCUCGGUACCCUGAAUGCGCGCGACAGUCUCCGCUUGAAGAAGUCAAAGGUACUGCAGCUGGAAUCUGAUGUGACUUUAGCACUUUCGCAACACGUUCACUCCCAAUCCACAUGUCCUUGA